AUGUUCGUCACGACGAUUCUCUAUGCUCUCCUUUGCACUGCCAACUUUGUACCACUUCUCGAAACGGCCAGCGGAGUCCUUCCUCGAGCGCAGUGUCCGGCUGCGGGCAGAUAUGGGAAAGGCCCUCCAUCAAACUGCACUCAACCAUCUGAUCCCAAUAAUCUGCCACCCUCUCAACUAGAGCAAUGGUUCACAAAGGAAAUUUUCGAGGACCUUUUCCCAUUUGCCAACCUUGGCUGGGGAUCAAAUCCGUGCCUACCAUAUUCAUAUGAAGCGUUUGUGAUCGCUGCCAGAUAUUUCCCGAAUUUCGGUACAAGCAGUCCCAAUUCGCGGAAGGCGCUCCUGAAAGACGCAGCCGACUGCUUUUACCGAGGAGGGUUCUACAAUUGGUUCGAAGGCGGCCCCACAAGCUCAUUUAUGGAUCAGGCUUCACCAGGUUACGAUCCUAAGGAUGGCGCCAAGUGUAUAACAGCAGGAAGGUAUUGCGCCGAGUCAGCUGAGAUCAGCUAUUUCUUAUCCAUGUUCGAACAACACAGUCGGCAAUUAUUCUACCGGAUGCUAUUUUGGCCGAGGAGCUAUACAGGAACAUGGAACAGUGGUGCCCAAAAUGCAGCCGUCGGCUAUACUGGCCCAAUUUUCGGACCCACCAGUCUCAUUAUCAACAACGAAUGCAACGGAGAGGAUAUGCAAGAGCCAGGAGGUCCUGGAGAAUCGCGACGUAUAAAAGCAUUCAAAUGGUUCUGUGCGUACUUUGGUGUACCAGCUGGAGCUGACAAAUUGCUCAGUUGUAAAGAUAUGCCUGUAAAACUGGAUGCAUUGCGUUACAACUACAGUUAUCAGCCAGACUGGGCGACCACUUGGAGGGAUGAGCCGUGCAAUUGCGCCCCGGCAGCGUACGGAGUUUCGCAAGAUUCUGGGAACUCGUGA